CCUACAUUCGAGAUCCCUUCCUCCCAAAGAAAACUCAAAAACUCUCCAUCACUCUCCCUCCACCUUAACCCUUCGAUUUUCCGAUUAAGCCGCCGUAACUCCGCCGUGUAAUGGAUGAAUACCUCAAGCAAUCCAAGCGGAAAUUAGUCAUGUGGUUCACCAAAACCUUCAAGCCGAUCAUGACGCACGACGAGCUCGAACCUAUUAUGGCGACUCUAGGCUUUGUCGGCCUCGAACCGGUUAUUAACCGCGACGAAAUCUCCUGGAAAUCAUACGUAUACUCCGGCGCUCAUAGCCUGAUCAAGUCAAUGUCGACGACGGAGCGUCCGCCGAUACCGCGAUUGCCGUAUCCGAGAAUCGACGGUCUUCACAUUUAUACGUACAGAGCAUUUCUUGACGCAAUCAAUUUUUACCUCCAGAAAUAUAACAUCUCCGAUGUCUUCCAUAUUAGAGGAUUGCCACUGUCUCAAAACCAAGAUCAAAACCAAGAUCAAAAUAGGAAUUGGUGUCGAAUGUACAAAGAAAAUAUUCAUUAUGCUUACAUAGAAGGGACUUUAGAUCGAACAACAAUUGAUCUAUAUGAAUCUCAAGAGAGUAAUAAUGAUGAUAAUAGUGAUGACACCAAGGAGGAAAAGAUUGACCACCACAAAGAGGUGAUAAAGAAUGAUAUUUUUGAAGAUAUCGUCAAUGUUGUUGAUUUGAAAGAUAUUAUAACGCAACAAGAUUAUCAAUGAAUACAAUUUUAACAUUUUUUUUUUGU